AUGCUUAUUGCGAAGCUGCCACCGAGGACUGUGACUGAAACACUAGUCAAUUUCUUCUUUGAGGAGGUAAACUGGCAUUACUUUAUCCUCGAGCGACUCUAUUUCGAUGACCUAUUUUCACGCUGGCCGCUUGGAGAGCAAACAGAGCCUGUGAGCUACCUGAAAAGCGCAGAACUUACAGCAGAACUGCAAUACUUUCCUUCCCUACUAUUCCAGGUUAUCGCAUUAGCCAUGCAAUUCCUACCACCUGAUCAUGAUAUCUUUGAUGGGUUGUCACAGGCGGAAAUAACCUCUUCACAGACCUAUAGCGAUCUGGGUCACGAGAUGUUAUCGCUUUUGGGCAGACCUGGGUUUACCCUCACUGCAGUACAAGCGGAUUUUCUCAGGUCUUCGUGGCUGAAAAACUACGGUAGAGGCGCGGAAGCUUGGCAUGUGAUUGGAUAUGCUAUCAGACAAGCCCAGGAACUUGGACUGCACCGGCAACAUGAAGUUCAUCAAUCAGAUCAAACCAAUGUUGACCAGACGCUGAGUCUGUUCUGGUACGAAGAGAAUAAGAAGCGUGUAUGGAUCAAUCUAUUCGUCUGGGAUGGUUUCAUGGCUAUGAUUCUUGGUCGCCCUCGAACGAUACAUAUGGAUGACUGCGAUGCCAUGCCCCCAUUGAAUUGUAAUAUACCUAGGAAUCCCUCCGCCGCGGUACCAAUGGUCAUACGCCCCGAAGAUAAUCGCGGUAUUGCAACUGUCUCUGCACCUCUGUUCCGGUACGCACUUGCAUGCAAGAUGCAUGAGAUGCGAGCGCUCAAAGCAGAUCGUCCUCACCCUAAAGACUAUUCUGUUGUCCGAAAGAUCCAUGUGGGCCUAUUAUCAUUAUUGGAUGAAUUACCCGCCUUCUUACGGUCGAACAAUUCAGACACUACUUGGGACUUGGAGUGCCCGUAUCUCCCCCAGCUCCGUCAAGAACUGCAGGUCAUGGCGAACCUAUUCCUCAUGACAUUACAUCGGCCACAUAUUAUAUUUAACUCAGAGAGCCGGAAAGCGGCUAUGCAGGCAGCACUUGAAACGCUUGAUUCCCAAUACCGCUCCUUCACACAAGCCAAACGACAUCACUAUCGCCUAUUCGGCCUUGCUUUCUAUACAAUUGAUGCUUCAUUUCUCGUUUCAAUUAUUACAAUCUUGUUUCCUCCGCAGGACCACGAAGUGAAACAAAAGAUUGAACACAGCCUCCAGCAAGCGAUUGAAAGCCUUUCCAUUAUGAAAGCUUUCAGCCCAACAGCUGAAGCAGGGCUAGACGUCCUCCAGCGUUGCUAUCAAAAGCUCAAGGCUGUUUGUGGAUCACCAAGCAAUAGUUCUCAAACGAGAACAACCUCAUACGGCACAGCCAGUGAUGGCCUCAACAAUAUCAUACGGGAUCUGGCCUUCCAAGGCUCCGAUCCAUUUCCUGAUCCUCAGCCCGAGCUUUCUCAUCUCAACACGUCUUUUGCUCCCAGUCCUUCGCCCCAUAUCUUGGAGUCUUUUCCAAAUAGCUUUAAUCAGACAUAUUGGUUGGAUCAGUUGAACCUGAUUCACCCCUAUUUAUCUGAUCAGGAUUCCGGAAAUCUGUGUCAAAAUAUCAAUUUUGAUUGA